CUAUGGUAAAUAUAUAUAUAAAUAUAGUAUCAUUUUUUGUUGUAUUUUUCUUUUUUCUUUUUUACUUUUUCCUAUUGUGAGAAGCCAAGAACUGGUCAGCACUCAGAAUAUUUGAGUCUUUUGUUGAGAUUUCAAUAUCUUUAAGGGAGCAAACAUUUUUUUUUUGGGAGGUGUUGCACUUUUUUUGAAGUGGGAUUUAUUAUCUUGAUUCCAGCUUUGCUUUUGCAGAGUGUUUUGUUGCUUCAAGUUUUUCUGCUUUUUGAUCUGAAAUCAAAGUUUAGCUCUUUUUGAACACUUUGAAUGGAAUAUUUUCUUGAUUUUUUCACUUGGGAUUCUUGAAAAUUUGGUUCUUGGUGAAGUUGGGACUUCUUUUUUAUUUUUCUUUGUCCCUUUUUGUGUGUUUUUGUUCUUUUUGAGUGGAUUUUGGGAAGUGGGGUUGUGAUUAUUUGUUUGAUUUUAGGUGUUUUUGGUGAUUUUAAGGUAAGAGUUGGAGAAAAGUUGACAUUUGUUUGGAAAUUUGUGUUGCCCCUUGUGUGUGUUUUCCUUCUUUUUGAGUGAUUUGAGAACUGGGGUUGUGAUUUUUUGUUUGAUUUUGGUGAUUAUAAGGUAAGCUUGGAAAGGAGUUUGACAUUUUUGGGGUGUUGAUGAGGGUGGUUGAGAGAGAACAUGUGAUCUGAAUGAAAGUUUAACUCUUUUUGAGACUUUGAAUGUCAUGUUUCCUUGAUUUUUUGGGUUGGGUUUGAGCUGGUUUAUCUGUUUUUUGUGUUUUGUUCUUCUGGGUUGAUAAAGUUUGUGCCUUGGAGAAGUGGAGAAAAUAUUUUUGGAAAUUUAUUUUUCCCUUUUGUGAAUUUAGGGAAGUGGGGUUUUGAAUUUUUGGUGAUUUUAGGGUUAGGGUUGGAGAAAAGUUGACAUUUUUAGGGGUUGAGGAGGUUGAUGAGGGUGGUUGGGAGGGUUGUGGGGUUGAAAGUUGAGUUCUUUGUGGGUUUUUGAUGAUAUCUGAGUUUGAUUUUAGGGAUUGCAAAAUAUGGGAUUAGGUGGUGAUGGUAUAAAGGGGGAGUCUUGGAAUGUAGAGAAAGCAAAAGGGAAGAAGAAGAAAGACAUUUCUGAAGAGGAAACUGGAUGUUGGACUAAGUUGUGGUUUAUUGGUAGCUGUAUUUCUUCAAGAUCUAAAGUUGAUAGCUCCAUCAGUGGUAUCAGCACUCACUGUGAAAGUAAAUCUACGAAUGACACAAGCAGGGACCAACCUGUUGCACCAAUUAUCUCAUCUACGACUACCAGCAAUGCGGAAAGUAAUUCAUCCACCUCCAAACUUGAAGAGGAGCUUAAAGUUUCUUCUCGGCUUCGAAAGUUUGCGUUUAAUGAUUUGAAGAUGGCAACGAGAAACUUCAGACCAGAGUCCCUUCUUGGUGAAGGAGGUUUUGGAUGUGUCUUCAAGGGGUGGAUCGAAGAGAAUGGCACAGCACCUGUUAAACCAGGGACAGGGCUUACUGUUGCUGUGAAAACUCUAAAUCAUGAUGGACUUCAGGGUCACAAAGAAUGGCUGGCUGAAGUGAAUUUCCUGGGUGAUCUUGUUCAUCCUAAUUUGGUUAAACUGAUUGGUUACUGCAUUGAGGAUGAUCAGAGACUCUUAGUUUAUGAAUUUAUGCCGCGAGGAAGCUUGGAAAACCAUCUGUUCAGGAGAUCCAUGCCUCUUCCUUGGUCUAUCCGCAUGAAGAUAGCUCUGGGUGCUGCAAAAGGUCUUGCUUUUCUUCAUGAAGAAGCAGAAAGACCAGUAAUAUACCGUGAUUUCAAAACAUCCAACAUUCUACUCGAUGCGGAUUACAAUGCCAAACUUUCUGAUUUCGGUCUUGCCAAAGAUGGUCCUGAGGGUGACAAGACACAUGUUUCUACUCGUGUCAUGGGAACGUAUGGUUAUGCUGCUCCUGAGUAUGUGAUGACAGGGCAUCUAACGUCAAAGAGUGACGUCUAUAGUUUUGGUGUAGUUCUACUUGAAAUGAUAACAGGUAGGAGAUCAAUGGACAAGAACCGGCCAAAUGGGGAACACAACCUUGUUGAAUGGGCACGGCCUCAUCUUGGUGAAAGAAGAAGGUUUUACAGAUUGGUAGAUCCUAGACUUGAAGGCCAUUUUUCAAUAAAAGGUGCCCAGAAAGCUGCACAGUUGGCUGCUCGUUGCCUUAGCCGUGAUCCCAAAGCUAGGCCUAUGAUGAGUGAAGUGGUCGAAGCCUUGAAGCCUCUGCCAAAUCUUAAAGACAUGGCCAGCUCAUCCUACUAUUUUCAGACAAUGCAAGCAGACCGAGUUGGAUCAAGUCCAAGUACCAAAAAUGGCGUUAGAACACAAGGAUCAUUCUCGAGGAAUGGACAACAACAUCCUAGAAGUCUUUCAAUCCCGAAUGGUACUCAUGCUUCUCCAUACCAUCAGCAGUUUCCUCAGAACUCACCAAAACCAAAUGGCAAAACUUAGUAUUAUUGGAUUGACAGUUUAUCUGUUUCUACCAUUCUUUUCUUCUCUCCCCAGUUAUGAAUAUAUUUUGUUAGCCACCUCCCGUUUUGUCGCUGGAUGAACUGGCAAAAGGGAAGGAGUGCACAAUUAAUUUAGUUGUGAUCUUUGAAAAUGCUAAACUCCCAACUUGAAAAGAAUGUACUGUAUGCGGAGCUCAAGUACAUGGAGUAAAUACUUGUGUCGAUCUCUCUCUCUA